AACAGGCGCAAACACAAUGUGGAGCCCAACGCACAUUCAAGUGACAGUGCAACGCGCCAAAGGGCUGCUGAUCAAGGGAAAGGGCGGCACGAACAACUGCUUCGUCAUCAUCGCGCUCGGGAAGGAGAAGUACCAGACGUCCAUCAAGCAGAAGGCGCCCGAUUCCGUGGUCUGGAAUGAGGAAUGCGAGCUGCAAAUCCCCACCCAGGGUAACCAGGCGCAGCUGGUGUUGACGGCACUCCACCACAACAGCGUCGGGAUGGACGAGUUCCUGGGCCGGAUCGUGUUGCCACUGAACGAGAUGGAGGUGUACGAGCGGCCCCGUUCGCGCUGGUACAAGCUGGAGAGCAAGGAUAAGGAGAAGAAGAAGGAGAAAGACCGUGGGGAGCUGGAGGUGCGGAUCUCGUUCACGGUGAAGGCCGGCUCGCUGACCGACCUGAGCAAGAAGGAGAAGAGCAAAAGCUCGAUCAGCAACCUGGCGUCGAGUGUUGGAGGCUCGCUGCUGAGUAUCGGUGCGAUUGAGAAGCGCAAGGGGUUGAAGAAGAUCGCCAAGUCGAUUGGUUCCAAGAUGCACAUCUCAGGGAUUGGGAAGAAGGAAGGGCGCAAGGAUAAGGACGGUCCUGGGGCGGAUGAUGCGUCCAUGUACAGUGGUAGCUACUCCAGCUUGGCUGGAGGUGGUGGAGCUGGCGCAGGACCAGUGGUUCCACCUGCAGGAAGUCGUCAGUCGAAGCAAACGUUCGGUGAUGCCGAUCCGGGCGUUAUAAGCGAGGAUGAGGAUGAGUUUGUGCUCGACAAUCUGUCGCACAAAAGCUCGAAUGGUUCGCUGAACUUGCGUCCUGGCGCGGGAGCUUCCGUUGGAUCAUCAACACCAACGGCACAGUCAACACCGACGACGACUGGGACGGUUUUGGCGACUUCUACACCGGUGGAAUGGUCUGGUCGCGGUGGUACGCACGUUGAAGCUACCCAAGAGGCUGGCCACACGGCCACACGGGGCGAGAAGGUUGACGAAUGGGAGCAGAAGCUGUACGGCAAGCACCUGGACAUCGGUAACACGGAUUCGCUGAAACGCCGGUCGUGGGAAAGCUCACGCGUGAUGCUUUCGGUGCAGCAGGAGCAAGAGCAACGUUCCGAACCGGAAAGCCCACGUGAACGGCAGGAUGAGACGGCGGGAGAGCAUCGGGUGGCCGGAAAUCGCUCACAAACGGCACCCACCUCACCGGAUCUUGAGGGUUUGGGUAAAGCGAACCACCGGGAGCACCAAAGUAACACCAACACCAAAGCACCGACCGUGGUACCAAGACCACUGACACGCGUAGGCUCGCAGGAUAUGGCCGCUGGGCGUCAAUCUCCCGCCCCACCACCGGAAGGGAAACCGGAGAAGGAAAGCUUCACGAAGAAGCUGAAGCACUUCGUCAAAGAGCACCGUAGUGGUGGCCAUCGGGCGGAUUCGCUCGAGAAUUUGUCCUCAUCCGGAGCGCUGGCGUCGGUGACCGCCCAUAAGAAGCUGCACGGGGGCAAGCAGCAGUAUGGCGGUGGUGGUGGGGGUGGUGUCGAUCAGCGCAUCAUCAUUGGGGGCGAGAAUGGGGAGCAGAUUGCGGCGGUGGCCGCGGCCGCUGCAGCCGCCCAGCGCCAGUCGAAGCUCGCCCAAGUGUCACCGGAAACGCUCGCAAAGUACGAGGGAAAAUCGCGCGAGGAGGUGAUCAAAAUCGCGCACACGCUCGAGAGCGAGGUGCACUACCAGAAGCAGAAGGUGAAGGAGCUCGAGGACUACCUCGACAGCCUGCUGUUGAAGGUGAUGGAGUGCCACCCGAAGAUACUGCAGAAUCCGUACCAAAAGGCGACCCCCACGAAAAGUGGAUGAUCCGCAUGUUCCGUCCGCGACGAUUGCAACCCGCCUGCAAGGACGCCGUGUGUUGCUUAGCAAGAAAAUAGCAAAAAAAAA